AUGGAGUCUAAAGCCCCGUACGGAGCCGCUAAGGCUGGGAACGGAAGCUUCGAUCCUUACGCCUUCUUCACGCACCCGCGGACCGUGCUACGGAUCCUGUCAUGGGUUUUCUCCAUUGUGGUGUUCAGCUGCAUCGUCAACGAGGGCUACAUCAACAUCGGCAGCGAGCGUCUGCUGUGCGUGUUCAACAACAACGCCGACGCCUGUAACUACGGCAUGACAGUGGGCGUGGCCUGUUUCCUGGGCAGCAUCUGUUUCCUCAUCCUGGACGUCUACUUCCCCUCCAUGAGCAACGUGAGGGACCGGCGCCGCGCCGUCCUGCUAGACCUGGGUUUCUCUGGUGUGGCGUGUUUCCUGUGGUUCGUGGGCUUCUGCUUUCUGGCCAAUCAGUGGCAGAUGACGUCCCCCGACGAGCUCCCGCUGGCCCAGGGAUCAGACGCAGCCCGAGCCAUCAUCGCCUUCUGCUUCUUCUCCACCCUCUCCUGGGCCGUGCUGACCCUGAGUGCCCUGCGCCGGUACCUCGCGGGCAGCCAGGCCAACCUGUUCACAUGGCAGCACCUGGAGCCCACCCCCGGCAACGUCCGCGCCACGCCGUACCCCAUCGCCAACGGUGCCACCAUAGUGACCACCAACCCGUACCAGGCCCCGCCCUUCACCGAGACCCUGGACCCCAAGAGACUGACCCAGCAGAGACCCAUGGCCCCUGCCUUUUAG